AAUAUAAAUAAUAUAAAGCAUUAAUCAAAUGAAAAAUCCCUAGGACUUAAUAGCGUUCGUGUUGCGGUGAUCCUGUAAGCAGUCAUACGCGGUUAUUAAGCGAUUAUCAGCUGAACGACAGAAAGCAUCUGUUGAACGGAGUUCCACUACGCCAGCACUAUCUCUGUCGUCGAAUUGUAAGACAUGAUAACGCACUUCCUUUGCUCGCUCUAUAAGAUUACAUUCUCCGCAGAUUUUUGGUAUGCUGUCACGCGUCCUUUUUGUGUAUCUCAAAGCUCAAGGAAGCACACGAAUCCUCAAAUCCAAAAGCGAAUGAACGAAUUGUUGUUUGGUAAACACAAUCGGAUAGGAACAACUAAUAUUAUCGGUGUUCCUAAAAAAAAUUAUUAAGCUCUACGAACAUUUUGUAGGAUAUGAUAUUUGACUGCUACGAACGUCUGCAUUAAAUGAUUGCACAAAAAAAUAUCAAAUGUACGAAGUCUAAAUGUAUGUAUCAGAAUUACUUCAGAAUAUUUUCAAACGGAAUAUUAUAAAAAAUUAUGGAAGCAGUAAUGAAAAAAACAAUUUUGAUGUUGUAGGUUUGAAGCUUCGAGUUCUGCUUCACUCUUUAUCUACAUUGAGAUCCUAAGGAACACUGGAUGAAAUUUAACGAAUUCAAAUGCAUUCAGGCGACUAUCUACAUAUUCUGGUGUCCCUAUAUAUUUAAUUUGGUCACAUAACUCAACCACAUAUGCUGAGUGAGAAAGCUUGCCACAAGUGGAAACCGCAACUAAAUGCAGCCAACAGGUGCGGAAACGAUUUCCCAAUACUACACCAGAGAAACUAAGUGGUUUCUAUCAACAAGACACAAUGUCGGGAGCUGCUGGAGAGGAGCAGUACUUCCCGCGGGGUCACACCGUCCUCGCCGUCAGCGACAAGAAAGAUUCGAAGGCAAAAAGAGCGCUAAAGAAGGCUGAAAAGCGCAGACAAAGUGAAGAUUUUUUCCGAAUCAUUAACGCAUCGAAAAAGGCGAAAAGAGCAAAAAAAUCUAGCGCCAAGUUAGAUGAACACGAGACCCGAGCUGCUGACGAUGACCCAAUGCAGGAUAUCGUUAUUGAACCCCUUACGCAAAAAACUGUACAGACUGGCAUGGUUAUCCUUGGAGCUGUGCAUCAUAUAUAUGGCAGUAUGCUUCGUGUAGCACUCCCGGGAACAGUAGCCCAUCUGCCUCUAGCCAAUGUAUCUGCCUCGUACUCCUCCCUGGCAGAACGCUGGGCCUGUAUCCCUCAAAAAAAAAAUCAACGGCGUACGUUGGCCGACCCCUCAUUGCCUGAGAAACUGUUGACCCUUGAUGAACUCUUUAAAAUCGGACAGGUUCUGAAGUUUGCCGUGCAAAUGACAUCUUCUGACAGUCCGCCCAUUGUAUCGACCAUCCCAGAGGAUGUGAAUGGCGGACUUUCGCAAGAGAAGCUUCGAGAGGGAAUGGUGUUGCAGGUCGCGGUCAGCUCAGUCGAAGAUCAUGGUUAUGCUCUUGAGACUGGUAUCAGUGGUUUAACAGGCGCGUUUCUCGCAGCCAAACAGGCCCCGCGAGUACUUCACAUAGGUGAACUGCUUCUUGUACGUGUCGAAAAGAAAGGCCUAGCUGGUCGUCUCAAGUUCGAGCCGUACACCUUUGGUCAAGUCAUAGAGACGGGUGAAGAAUGGAAUCUAAACACAAUUAUGCCUGGCAUGGUCACCGAUGCGACAAUAGUGCAAAGCGACGCGUCCGGACUUGGUUUGUGGCUUCUGAACAACGAGCUAAUAGGCGCCGUUGAGCCUCGUCAAAUUCCCAGGGACGCGAGCCUCAGCGGCCAAUUAACGCUUCAGUCGCAUGUGUCAGCUGUUGUGCUUUACAAACAUCCGAUUCUAAAUACUUUAUAUUGUUCACUGCGCGUCCCGCCAAUUAGUGAACUAAACCCUUUUGAUGAUUUUCACGGCGUUCGGUUGGGCCAAAUUAUUGAGAAGGCCAUCGUAGUAGAUGUGCAAUCAACGUUUGUUAAACUCGAAGUGCCACUGAAGAAAAAACACCAGACCUCACUAAUUGCUAUAGCAACCAAGGAGAACGUGUUUGAUGAUGACGGAAAGGAACCGCAAGACGUGUUUUCACCAGGUCAAGUGACCUCCUGUCGUGUUAUCGGUUUAUCUUUAUUAGAACGUGAACUGUACGUAUCGCUUCGUGAGUCAGUGGUUGAUAGUGGCUGCUACUACACGGAAGACGAGCUGAUCAUCGGCAAAACGUUACCUGCCAAAGUGAAGUACUCUAACGACACCGGAAUCGUAUUCGACAUCUGUCCAGGUGUGACCGCCUUCUGUGACUUUGUUGAGGCUUCAUUUGUCGUUAAUAAGAACAACGUGGCUGAACUUUUUCCACCGGGAAAGCCAGUCCAGAUUCGAAUCCGGUAUAUCAACGGCAAACACUAUCCUAAAAGAUAUUUUGUAACAUGCAAUCGUCAGUUGGUCAAGAGUAAACACGAACUAGUUUGUAGCUAUGAAACAUGCCACGUGGGAAAGAUAUCUGAUGGUGUUGUACUCAUGGUGAAGCCACGAGGCUUGCUGGUUGGCUUUUACAAUAAGGUUCGCGGCUGGGUGCCUGAGGAGUAUCUACCCCACAGUUAUGCUCGUGCGGAUGAAAUCUUUAAGGUAGGACAAGUGGUUACGGCAAAAAUAGUGAACAUAAACCCAGAUGCUGAGCGAAUGACACUUUCGCUUCAGGUUAAUGUGGGCGAUGAUAACAACAUCAACUGUGCGGCUAGCGGUAGUGGAAAGAACGUCGGCGCAAACAAACAAAGCCAGAGCGAUAAAAAAGAAGAGGUAGAAUUUCUUACUGACAUCGAGGCUACUGUGAUCAAGAAGGACAGACAUUGUCUCGAGCUUGAUGCCGACGAGUUAGGCCCGUGUCUUCUAAGCCGAGAGCACCUUAGUGACUUUUCUGACAUUUCGAGGGCAUUAUUCACUGCCAUAAGUCCAGGCAAUAAACUCAAUAAAUUGACGUGCAUCGGAUCAGUUGGUGGCAAGAAGCAGCUGAGUAUAAAACCUUUCAUAAGGUCUAUGGUAAUUAGUGGGCAGCUUCAUAACGGUCCCUUAAAGCCCGGGGCAGUUCUCCCUGCCAUGAUAAGAAGUGCCGGUUCUUGGGGAGCAGUUUUAUCGCUGCCUAAUAGCCAUUCUGCGAAGGUUAUGCUGCGUGAUUUAGCCGAUUCAUACAUUCCCAAGGAUCAUACGUGCCUAGCGGAAGGAGCUACCCUCAUCUGCAAGGUAAUGUCGGUAGGAGCUGCGGAAGACACGAUCGGAGUAAGCUGCAAACGGUCUGAGAUUAACUAUGCGCUAGAUGCGUCUUAUAAGGAAAGCUUGGCUACGUCUCUACGUACUCUCCUGUCUUAUGGAGGAGAAGAUUCCAUCGGCCAAGUAAUUAAAGUGACGCCGAAGAAGGUCAGUUAUAAUAUCAUUUGCGACUACAAAGGUCAGAGAGCGAUAGCUUGCAGAGCACUGACCACGGACGGACAAGGUGUCCGGGUCGAGCCCACAAACGCAAUUGUGCUCGGUUAUCGGUUCCAGGACGGCCGAAGAGACUAUAUUGUCACUAUCGAUCGUGACGUCGUUUACAAAUAUCUACAGGUUACACGUCGUUUCAAGAAAGGCAAAUCCUCUCAGGGCAAGGGGACCAUUCAUUGUAAAGCUGAGGUACUGGUUUUAGCUGUGCUUCGCGACUAUGCUGCUGCGUUUACAAAGGAUGGCCGAUUACUCAUGCUCACAUUGGGAAAUCACCCUAACGACGUCCGUCGUGGACAUUGGACUAUAGAUCGGGAGGAUCAGCGACUACCGCGAGUGGUUGAGGCGUAUCUUUACGAUACGCUGGCGCCAGUGAAUGAUUCAAUUCUCGUUGGUAACUUCUGCCGGGUCGAAGGUGUAGCCACUGUCGACAUGCACGUUAUUCAACGGCUUGGCGAAGAAGUCGAAUUGAUUGAUGAUUUUGCAAGCGGCGAUAGCAGUAAUGAAAAUGAAUUCGGACAUACACUUGACAUGACAGGUCGGUCGUUAACUAUGAUACGAGGUGCUGGCAUUGGACAGGGCGGAGGUGACCAAAUUGCGGAAGUAGCUGGAGGUUCGCGCAGGGGAAAUCAAACUACAACAGACAGUAACGAUAACAGUAGCAGCAACUUAAGUACAAGCGAUUACGAUGAAGAAGGAGAUCUCGAUGAGGACGGAAUUAGUAACGACAGUGAAUCAAGCGUAACGAAGUUCGACAGCGAGGAAAGUGGCACAAGCGACAGUGAGUUUCAGAGCGACGAUAGUGAUGAUUAAUUAAUGAAUGAAAUGAGAAAUACUAGCGAUGGUAGUAGUACUAUAAAAAAAAAAAAAAAAAAACAAUAGGAGGUGACCGAUAGAGAAACAAUAUGUAUUCAAUCAUGAGAAAUGUUUGUAUUUUGUCUGCGAAGGAAGCC